CUGACACUGUGUGUUUGUUUGUUGCAGUUGCAUACAGUACUAACAGUUAAACAGUUUACAGUACGCAAUAGUUGAAAAAAAAUGGAAGCAGGGAAUCCAGAAAAUGAUUCUAAAGUAGUAGAAAUCAAAUUUAAACCUAUUAAGAAAAGAAAUCUGCGGCAAAGAGUGAAGGAAGAAGAAUCGGAUGACGAAGAGCACAUAUUAGCCAAAUUGGAAGAAACGAAAGAGUUACAGAAGCUUCGAGAAAGACCCAACGGAGUCAGCGUCAUUGCAUUAGCUACUGGUGAAAAAACCACGAUAGAAGAUGAAGUUACUUGUAAAGAUACAUUCAAAGUUAAGUCUGGUGGGAUGGUGAACAUGCAAGCAUUAAAAAGCGGGAAAGUGAAACAAGUGGAUGACGCGUAUGACACAGGGAUUGGCACACAAUUUUCGGCUGAAACUAACAAACGAGAUGAAGACGAAGAGAUGAUGAAAUAUAUCGAAGAACAGCUAGCGAAACGGAAAGAGGGCCAUAAUCAAGAUAGGAAGGACACAGAUCACAAUGAUUCUUUAAAAUAUUUAUCACCUGAAGAAGCAGCAUUACUAUCCCUCCCUGAUCAUUUGCGUGUAUCAUCAGCGCACAGAUCAGAAGAAAUGUUGUCAAAUCAAAUGCUCAGUGGUAUACCUGAAGUAGACUUGGGUAUUGAUGCCAAGAUUAAAAAUAUUGAAGCGACUGAAGAGGCAAAAAUGAAAUUAUUAUGGGAGAGACACAACAAAAAGGAUGCACCCUCCCAUUUUGUACCAACAAAUGUGGCAGUGAACUUUGUCCAGCAUAACCGAUUUAACAUGGAGACUGAUAAGAAACGGAAAGUAGAAAAAGUAGUAGAAGUUAAGAAUGAAGUCAGUGUCAUAGAUGAAAAUGUAGAUAAAAUAGUUAAAAAAGCAAAAGGCGAAAGAGCCACUGAUGAUUAUCACUAUGAGAAAUUUAAGAAACAGUUUAGAAGAUAUUAAACUAUGAAGACUAGUGUUGCCGAACUAUCGAUAUGAAAACUAUCGACAGUUUACAUCGAAAAUCAUG